UGGGGCGAUGCCAUUUCCAGGUCCAAGUCCAAUCCAACUUUUAGCUCAGCCCGAUGUUGAACUGCUCAUCAACUAGAGAAACUCGGUUUCGGUAACCAUCUUCAAUUUUGACGUCGUGAAAUUUCACACACCCGAGACCCUCCCUAUUUCCUCAACCUUCCACCUACCGUAAAUUGAUCCACUCGCGUAUCAAUUGAACCCGAUAUCCACGAUGCGACCUACUCAGGCUCUUAUGGGCGGUGGUGACGCCCCCGUCGGCAGGCAUGGAAAGUUCCUAGGCAACUGGGGUAACUUCGGUGGCAUGCCGCAGAAGGGCAUCAUCAGCUACACGGUGAGCGCAAACAGGCAGAACCCAUUAGCGGGCGCUGCGCACGCCGCCAUCUUCAACACCUGGCGCCGAUUCAGCGCCCAGGUCCUGUACUUCGCUCCCCCCAUGAUCUUCUUCUACUACGCCAUGUCGUGGGCCACCGAACGAAACCACUACCUCAACUCCAAGGCCGGUCGUAAGGAGUUUGCCGAAUAAAUAGAUGGGGGGAAUUUCUUAUAGAUACCUCAUAAAUGACGGAGGUUCAUCUGUCGCGUGUAGACAAAGACCUUGUAUACCUGCUAUACCAAUAGACUAGAGCGCAAGAGCCUACGAAUAUCCAA